GCCCGACCCGAUAGGCCUCUCCUGGUACCACCGAAAGAGGUGCCCUCGCACAAAAGUUCGGGAUUGCCUCUCAAUGCUUAUAUGCUCCAUAAUUUGGCUCACGUGGAGCUGAACGCCAUAGACCUGGCAUGGGACACUGUGGUUCGCUUCUCACAUUUGAGGGACGAGCUCGGUGACGAGUUCUUCGCGGACUUUGCUCGCGUGGCCGACGACGAGAGCCGACAUUUUGCUUGGUGCUCUCAGAGGCUCAAUGAGCUCGGCUUCAGAUAUGGGGACAUGCCUGCCCACAAUUUUUUGUGGAGGGAGUGUGAGAAAUCCUCUGAAGAUGUUGCUGCUCGCUUGGCAGUAAUUCCACUAGUUCAGGUGUUUCCAGGUUUCUGAUGUUGGGAAUAUAUCUUUCACUUUGUAGGAGUGUCCAAAUUUUGGGUGUGGCAGGCUUUCCCUUUUGCUUUUUAUUUAGUCUUCAUGAGAACUUGCUUUGAUCCAUGUUCCUCUAAUGACUUGAGAGGCAAAUUCAUUAUUUCAUUUAAUGACUGAUCCGGAGUAAAACACAUUUCAGGAAGCUAGAGGUCUAGAUGCUGGACCAAGGCUUACCCAGAAGUUGGUCGGUUUCGGAGAUCACAGGACAUCACACAUAGUGGCUAAGAUUGCCGAGGAAGAACUGGCACAUGUUGCGGUUGGAUUGUACUGGUUUCUCCAAGUUUGCAAAAAAAUGGGCCGAAUUCCUCGUGCUAUUUUUAAGGACUUGUUGGAGGAGUACGGUGUGGAGUUGAAAGGUCCAUUCAAUUAUGCAGCUCGUGAUGAAGCUGGCAUUCCUCGUGAUUGGUAUGAUGGUGCAUCUGAACAGGAGGCAAAGAGUGAACUUUCAGAGGAGCAUGAUAGGCUGGCUUGCAUCGUAGCUAUGGAGAGAGAGAAUUCAGAAUCGAACAGCUAAUCUCUUCGCCAUUAAUUGUCUUGUGCAGUGAUGAAUUAGGGUACAACCAGUCAAGUUGCUGCCCUCCUGAUUGAUUGGGUGACAGGUCAUAAUGGUUCGGUAAAGACAGUCGCCGGCUAUCGGACAUGACGCCUCGAUGGGGAAGAAAAUAGAAAUCAAGCGAAGUCGGCAAUAAUAUAAGACAGAAGAGGAGCUGUGUGAGCGAGAGAGAGAGAGAGAGCAAAAGACUUGUCAACGCAUGCUUUCCCCUCCCUCCUCCUACGACUAGCGAUGAAGCUCUCGAUCGUCCUUCUCUUGUUCCUCAUCUCCUCCUUCCACCUCUCCUUAUCCCAGCGCUACAAUGCCUUGUUCAACUUCGGCGACUCGCUCUCCGACACCGGCAACGUCGUCAUCGCCGGUCUCCCCUACGGCAUGACCUACUUUGGCCACCACACCGGCCGCUGCUCCGACGGCCGCCUCGUCAUCGACUUUAUCGCCGAGGGGAUCGGGCUGCCGCAUCUGCUGCCCAACACCGCCACGAACGCCAGCUUCCACCAGGGCGCCAACUUCGCCUUCAUCGCGGCCCCGGCUCUACCGUUUGACUUCUUCCACCAGCGAGGCCUCAGCAAGGGCCUCUGGGUCAACGCCUCCGUCCACGAACAGGUGGAUCGAUUCGAGAAGCUGCUUCCUUCCAUCUGCGGCGCGCCGCAAGAGUGCAAGGACUUCCUGAGCAAAUCCCUUCUCGUCGUCGGCGAAUUCGGCGGGAACGAUUACAACACCGGAAUCUUCGGCGGCCGGUCCAUAAUAGAAGUGAGCACCUUCGCGCCCCACGUCACCCAGGCCGUCGCCGAGGGCGUCGAAAGAUUGAUCGGCCUCGGUGCUGUGGAUCUCAUCGUGCCGUCGGUGCUGCCGGUCGGCUGCUUCCCGCUGUACCUGACGCUCUACAACUCCUCCAAUCCGGAAGACUACGGCCCCAAGACCGGGUGCGCGAGGAAGUUCAACGCCCUGUCGUGGUACCACAACACUCUUCUCCGCCGGCAGAUUCAUAGGCUCCGGCAGAAAUUCCCAGCCGUUUCCAUCCGGUACGCCGACUACUACGCUCAGGGCUUCGACUUCGCCAUCAAUCCUCUCAAAUAUGGAUUUAAAGAUGGAGCCUUGAGAACUUGUUGCGGGGCCCCCGGAAUGAGCAAAUACAACUUCAACCUGCACGCCAAGUGCGACCAGAAUGGGUCGACCGUGUGCCCAGAUCCCGCGACUCACGUGAGUUGGGACGGAAUCCACAUGACGGAAGCCGCCCACAACAUCAUCGCCCGAGGUUGGCUGCACGGCCCCUACGUCGACCCACCCAUUCUGAGAUCCAGCGACAGUUAAGACACACCCAUCCCCAUCCAAGAUUGAAGCAGAAGAAGCGGAGGAAGACAGACAGAGACACCCGUGCUUGAAAUUUAUUUUGUUCCCGUCGAGGUCUAUGGAACACUCUGCUCCAUUCUUUGGUUAUCAAAGAUUAGCGAGUUGUAUGAUGACCACAGAUGUUUGUUUAGAAAUCACAAUUGAUGAAGCGAAAAAAAAAAAGAAGAAAAACCCAGUAAUGUCGCCUUUUGCUUAA